GACACUGAACACCGCAUUCGACGCACGCGAGAACUGCAGCGGACAAACGCGAUUGGUGCCGAGGAGGACUCUGGUGAUUCCGCAUAACACAGGCAAAGCGAGCUGAGCUGCAACAUAGACACAUGUUUAAGCCAUCUAUUUAGACAUAAUUAUACCGGAAUUCGCUUGUUUGAAAGAAGAGGACGAUAUUUAAAUAUCAAAUUGAGACUGCGAUGUUGAUAUGAAUAAUUCGUUCAACGUCUCGCAGAAAACAUAGCGGAGUACUGCCGGCGAAUUCAAGCGGAUCCCAACAGUUAACAUUGGCUAGCUUUAGCCUGUUAGCCAUCCGUUAGCUCAGGAGCCGCUAUUUCGUCCACUCUCGCACCUGCACGCGGAGCUGUCCAGUGUAAUAGGUAAUUAAUCGGCAACAGGCAAAACCGGGGGUCCUGCUCUAUUAUUUUCAAGUAUUUUUGUUUUAAGUCCCGUGGUGACACCAAAGGAGGAGAGAACCGUGACAGGUUGAGGCUGUGACCAGCAGAGCGAAAUAAGCGGUGUCCUCGAGUGGCCGUUAACCAUGGACAACACACACACAAAGACGGUUGAAGAAGUUUACAGCUUUUUUAACGUGAAUGAAAGCACAGGUCUGAGUUUAGAUCAAGUGAAGAAACAACGGGAACGAUUUGGACCAAACGAAUUGCCUGCUGAGGAGGGUAAAUCCCUUUGGGAACUAGUGGUUGAACAGUUUGAAGAUUUGCUCGUGAGGAUCCUUCUACUUGCUGCCUGCAUAUCCUUUGUGCUGGCAUGGUUUGAAGAGGGAGAAGAAACCGUUACAGCCUUUGUGGAACCGUUUGUUAUCCUGCUUAUUCUCAUAGCUAAUGCCAUCGUAGGAGUUUGGCAGGAGCGAAAUGCAGAAAAUGCCAUUGAAGCCCUUAAGGAGUAUGAGCCAGAGAUGGGGAAGGUGUACCGCCAGGACAGAAAAAGUGUCCAGAGAAUCAAGGCCAGGGACAUUAUGCCUGGGGACAUCGUUGAGGUGGCAGUUGGUGAUAAAGUGCCUGCAGACAUCAGGCUUUCUUCUAUCAAGUCAACAACCCUGAGGGUAGACCAAUCAAUUCUUACAGGAGAGUCUGUGUCUGUGAUCAAACACACUGACCCUGUGCCAGACCCACGUGCCGUCAACCAGGACAAGAAGAACAUGCUCUUUUCUGGCACCAACAUCGCUGCUGGUAAGGCUGUCGGUGUGGUGGUGGCCACAGGUGGCAGCACAGAGAUUGGCAAAAUCAGAGAUGAGAUGGCAGCAACAGAGCAGGAGCGCACACCACUACAGAAGAAGCUGGAUGAGUUUGGACAGCAGCUAUCCAAGGUUAUUACACUGAUCUGCAUCGCUGUGUGGCUCAUCAAUAUCGGACAUUUCAAUGAUCCGGUCCACGGAGGCUCCUGGAUCCGAGGAGCCGUCUACUACUUCAAGAUUGCUGUCGCUCUGGCUGUUGCGGCUAUCCCUGAGGGUCUGCCUGCUGUCAUCACUACUUGCCUGGCUUUAGGAACACGCCGCAUGGCCAAGAAGAAUGCCAUUGUCCGCAGUUUGCCGUCUGUGGAGACCCUUGGCUGUACAUCUGUCAUCUGCUCUGACAAGACUGGCACGUUGACCACCAAUCAGAUGUCCGUGUGCAGGAUGUUUAUCGUUGAUCAAGCAGAGGGUGAUGGCUGUUCAUUAAAGGAAUUCACCGUUACUGGCUCCACCUAUGCCCCGAAGGGGGAAGUGUUCCAUGAUGGCAAACCAGUCAAAUGUUCCCAGUAUGAUGCCUUGGUGGAGCUGGCUUCCAUCUGUGCUCUCUGUAAUGAUUCCUCAUUGGACUAUAAUGAGGCCAAAGGUGUGUAUGAGAAGGUGGGUGAGGCCACAGAGACGGCUCUCACAUGCCUGGUGGAGAAGAUGAACGUGUUUGACACAGACGUUAAAGGCCUGUCCAAGAUUGAGAGAGCCAACGCGUGUAACUCUGUGAUCAAACAGCUGAUGAAGAAAGAGUUUACGUUGGAAUUUUCCAGAGACAGGAAGUCCAUGUCUGUGUACUGUACUGCUAAUAAGGCCCGUUCCUCUGUCGGCAAGAUGUUUGUAAAGGGUGCCCCUGAGGGAGUGAUUGACAGGUGCACACACAUCCGUGUAGGCAGUAACAAGGUGCCCUUGACCCCUGGCAUCAAGGAAAAAGUAUUGUCUGUGAUCAGGGAAUAUGGAACUGGCAGGGACACCCUGCGCUGUCUGGCUCUCGCCACCCGAGACCACCGCAUGGUCAAAGAAGAGCUGAAGUUGGAGGACUGCACCCGCUUCGUUGAAUAUGAGACUGAUCUGACAUUUGUUGGAUGUGUGGGCAUGCUGGAUCCACCCAGGGCAGAGGUGGCAGCCUCUAUUAGACUCUGCCGCCUGGCAGGCAUCCGAGUAAUAAUGAUCACUGGAGACAACAAGGGGACGGCUGUGGCAAUCUGCAGGCGUAUUGGUAUUUUUGGAGAGGACGAUGAUGUUUCCAGCAUGGCGUUCACCGGCCGAGAGUUCGAUGACCUGUCGCCCACCGCACAAAGAGAUGCUGUUGUCAAGACCCGCUGCUAUGCCCGUGUUGAGCCUUCACACAAAUCCAAGAUUAUUGAGUACCUACAGUCCUACGAUGAGAUUACAGCUAUGACUGGUGAUGGAGUAAACGACGCUCCUGCUCUAAAGAAGGCUGAAAUUGGUAUCUCCAUGGGCUCAGGCACAGCUGUGGCUAAGUCCGCCUCUGAGAUGGUGCUGGCCGAUGACAACUUUUCCACCAUUGUAGCUGCAGUCGAGGAAGGCAGAGCCAUUUAUAACAACAUGAAACAGUUCAUCAGAUACCUCAUCUCUUCCAAUGUGGGCGAAGUUGUCUGCAUUUUCCUGACUGCGGCUCUCGGGUUCCCUGAAGCCCUCAUUCCUGUCCAGCUGCUCUGGGUCAACCUGGUGACCGAUGGUUUGCCCGCCACUGCUUUAGGCUUCAACCCACCAGACUUGGACAUCAUGAGCAAGCCACCACGUAACGCCCGCGAGCCCCUGAUCUCUGGAUGGCUCUUCUUCAGAUACCUAGCCAUUGGAUGUUAUGUGGGUGCUGGUACUGUUGGUGCUGCUGCCUGGUGGUUUGUUGCUGCCGAGGACGGUCCAAGGAUCACCUUUUACCAGCUGAGUCACUUCCUGCAGUGCGGUCCAGAUAAUCUUGAAUUCACAGAUCUGGACUGUAAGGUGUUUGAGUCCCCUUACCCUAUGACCAUGGCCCUGUCUGUGCUGGUCACCAUUGAGAUGUGCAAUGCUCUAAACAGCGUGUCAGAGAACCAGUCCCUGGUGAGGAUGCCUCCCUGGGAGAACGUGUGGCUGCUGGGAGCCAUCUGCCUCUCCAUGUCACUUCACUUCCUCAUCCUCCAUGUGGAGCCUCUUCCAAUGAUCUUCCAGAUCACCCCUCUGAAUCUGACACAAUGGCUGGUGGUGCUCAAGAUCUCCCUGCCUGUCAUUUUACUUGACGAGAUACUCAAGUUUGCUGCCAGGAACUACCUGGAGGCCGGUAAAGAACUGGAGAAGCCUGCCAGCUCCAAAGGCUGCUGCCUGUCUGCAUGCAUGGAGGGCAUCUCCUGGCCCUUCGUGGUCGUUUCUCUCCCCUUGGUCCUCUGGAUCUACAGCACCGACACUAACAUGGCCGACAUGUUCUGGUCUUGACUGACUUGAGCACAACCUCGACUUUUCCAUUUUCCUCCCCGCCCCCCACCGCCAUCACCUCCCUGUGUCCGCUCCCUCUCCCCUCUCUGCCUUCCUACGUGUGCAUAGCUUGCGUGUGAGCGUGUUUGUAGAGUUAGCGUGUGUACUAGUGCGUGCCUACCGUGUGUGUGUGUGUGUGUGUGUGUGUGUGUGUGUGUGUGUGUACGAGAAGGACCAACUUUCAUACAUGAAACGUAACGGAUAACAUAAAAUGUAAACAUUGAGACGUCACCUUGUUUGAGUUGGGAUAGGAUUUUUGAAUGGGUGAGGCUUUAAAUGAGCGUGUAAGAAGAUCAGCACUCCCGUAGCUGUGGACUUUGUUGCUUGUCUGUAAGAAAAUAUACUGUUGCCAGUUAUUUUAUUUUUUAUUUUCAAUAUUGCCUUUAAGGUUCAUAUUUUAAAUGGUUUUGGGAAUAUCAGUUGUCUUACGUCACUACAGGAACAACAGCUAAUUGUUUUGUUUAGCUUCCCUCUUCAUGCAUAGAAAGUUAAGAUAACUACAAUCCAUUGAUCUGUACAGAGAUUGAAUUUUAUGCAACUUUUUUUUUUUUUAUGGCUUUGUCAAUUGUUUGACCAGUGUGGCUUAGACAAACCGCCUUCAUUUAUUUUCUCAUGUUUACCAUUGUGUCUUCAGUAUAAACUCCGAACUCUUUCAGAGAGGACAAGCGCCGCGUGGCAGACGAGGACGGGGAAAGGUUUGGGAGUGAACGUUUGAAUGCUCCGCUUUAACAAAAGAAAAAAAAUAAUAAUUUAAAAACAAAAGCCGCAUGUCCUGUGACCAAGCAUGAACUGUAUGUGGUUCCUCAUUUCUAAUUUUAUUGUGUAUGUCGCACCCCCCCCCCCCCCCCCCCCCCCCCCAUGUUAGAGUAUAAAAUUAACCUGGAUGUUUUUUUUAUUAUAAUGAUUUGAAAAUAAGCCAGUUUUUCUGCACUGGGCAGAGCACAGCUACCUCAAUAUGAUAAAAAGAUUUUUGUUUUUGUUGCUCAUCUCCUAGAUGCUUUUCCUAAAUGGUCCUGCUAAAGCGUAAAAUCUGAGGUGUGCCCCUAUUUGCUUGUGCAGAAAACAAAAGAACAAAAUUUUCCUUCCCUUCUCACAUUUUUAAGGAUACAUUUUGUUAGCAUUGACUUUUGACUUUCAUUAACUUUAUUUGUGUUGUGCUGUGGAGACAGAACUGAGUGGGGAUGAUGUAUGUUAAUUACCAUCUCCAUGGCGUUUGAUUCAAAGGUUUAAAUCCUAAGAAAAGAAAAUACUAAUGCAGAAAGUACUCCAAAUGAACUUGGAUUGCAAAUAAGAACCCAAAAUGUUGUUUUUUACUUCGAGGAAAAAUACACUCAUAAACCCUUUGAAUCAAAGUGUUUUCUGUCUUUAUUUAAUAAUAUUGAGGUUAUGGUUAUCAACCUUAUUCAUAUCCAGUGUUUUUCUGUUGUGUGUGUGUGUGUGUUUGCUUAUAAUACUUGAAUACAAAUGAUUUCAGACAUA